AUGCCAUCCUUCCUCCUCUUUUGUAUGGCCCAAAUACCCUUGUCGACCAUCAACACGUUUCUACAAUUGCCAGGGCAUAACUUCUUCUCUCUCGUCCGAGAUACGUCUCAGUCGACUUCCGACCCCAUCGCCACUUCACCGCCAGUGGAUGGUUUCACUAGCGCCUUUAUGAACACCGACCAGAUUCGCGACUAUCUCUCCAAUCCUAAUGCACCAAUGAUAGGCGACCUCGAACCCUGUCAAUACGCAUAUCUAGACGAGCGCGGUGCUAGAGAUUAUACGGUCGUCUUGGCACACUCAUACAAAGCUCUAGAGAUGCAAGACCCAACUACCAUGACCGAAGACGAGUUGGCGCAGUGGGAUACUGAGCUUGAGGAGCGAGCAGAUGAACCUGAUGAUAUGUGGCGUGAGUGGCGCGUCAAGUUUAAGGAUGCAGAGCGGCUAUCGACUAUCCUCUCUCUCGAGAGUGACUUCACUGUCAAGUUAUACGAUGAUGAUUUCUUGGCAGCUCACGUUGCUGCUGAGGGUAUCUUACAGUUGGAGACUGCGUGGGCGGCGUUCGUUGCUGCCAGCUCUUCGGCUGGAGAAUAA